UUUGCUCCAGUAUUUAUAUCCAAGAAAUUUAGCUUUCAGAACAAAGGGAGACCAGAAUAGAGUUCACAAAAAGGAAUGAAACACCAAUUAAAAGAUACAUAUUUCAGCUGUUGAAAUCAUAUGGAACAAGGUUUGACAGAUGAUUCUAAUCAAUAUAUUUUUAUUUAUUAAGUGUAAUUUAAGUGAGUAAAACAGUUUAAUGAAAUUUAAGCAGUAUAACGAAAUUUUAACAGUUUAAAGAAAUUAUCAUAAUUGAGAUGUGCAUUACACCAAAGAGAUCAUAAAAGAGUAUGUUUUCAGAAUUUGUGUUUAACAAUUAAUUACCAGGCAUAUCAAUCGUACAAUACAAGGUUAGAGCUCUAUCAUCAGAAUACAGUAAAAUAGUUCAUUAAUAUACUCAGUAACCUGCAGCCAAAAACAAUGUUUCCAGUGUCAAAACCCACAGAGCAGCAAACUAAACAGUGGAUGAAUCUUCAGAAGGAAAUGUUAGAACCACAGUUCUAUCCAGACCCUUCUCCAUUUAGGGACAGUCUACAACGACUCAAUGUGGAUGAAGACAAGCUAAAAAAAUACUUGUCAAGUAAUAAAAACACUCUCCAUGUCCUCGCUCCUUACCUGAGGAUUAUUAAUAAAGAUCACAAAAAAUUGAUCGAAUCAGCAAGUAGCACCGUCGAGCUCAAAGCCAAAGUUGAAAAGUUAACUUUUGACAAAAAAACCAGAGGAAAAGUUGCAGAUAUUACCCUGGAUUUAUCAAGUAAACCUGAAUUGAUUACUUCUAUUCAUGACACUGGUAAUAUUUUGAAAAGGCUUUUGUCUGCUUCUCUAGUGGAAACACACAUUGUAGAUCCAUUUAAAAAUAUACUAUACCAGAAUCCACCAGAGAGUGAUCCUUCUCAAAAAAUAACUUCUUGGAAAAUAGAGCCUGGAACUACAAUUGCAGCUUAUGUCACAUUACAUGGAAAUUAUGUUGUAUCAGAUGAAAUUAAUAACGACAAGAGAUUUCCUCUAGGAAUCAGCUAUCAGUCGUCUGUGAUGAAACAUGCACUUUGUGUACCAAUAAAAACUCCAGAUGAUAAAGUUGUUGCUGUGUUUACACUAGUGAGAGAUGCACUUGAAGUGCCAUUUAAUAAAGAAGACCUCGAGACAGUUCUGAUAGUUAGUGGGUGGAUUGGGGUGGCAGUACUGCAGAACAGCAUGUACAGUUCAUUAGCGAGACAUCAAGAUCUAUCUAAUCACUUGGUUCACCUUACAGACCACUAUCACUGUGCAACUGGUGAUGAGGAUCACAGCCUUUCAAAUAUUGUCAUCUUUGCUAAAGAAACGAUCGGAGCUCAGUGUUGUAGACUUUUCUUAGUUGAAGAACAGUUAAAGAGUGCUUUUUUUGUAGCAAUUUAUCAACAAGGUAUUGAAGAUGCCACAUUAUUGAAGAAAAUGCGAUCCAGUUUUGCUGUAAAACCUGAUGGAUCUAUGUUGAGUGAUGUGCUGUUCAAUAAAAAAGCAGUAAAUAAGCUCUAUGAUCCUUUAAUAUGUGAUUUACAACAAGAGUUUCCAGUGACCUCUUUACUCUGUGUGCCACUGUUAUGUGGCAAACAAGUUAUCGGUGCUAUUCUACUGGCAAACAAACUGAAAGCAACAAUGUUUAGCAAUGAAGAUAAAGGAAUUUUAACUAAAUUUGCUACUUUCUGCACUAUAAAUCUUAAACAUUUACAAGUUAAAGAGAAAUUGAAAAAAACUGAAAUCAUAUUGAACAAAGUAACUAAAGAAAUACUACAUUACCACAUUCGACCUUGUGUCCACGACCAAGAAAAUGUCAAGAAACUUUCUACUGAAUUACCUGACCAAUUUUUCUCAUUUAUUUGGUAUCCAUCUCCAGAUGAAACACCGAAGCUUACCGAGUUCACUUUAAAUAUGUUCCAUGAAGUCCUUGGAGAUUCAUUCAUGGCAUUAAACAAUGUUACAAAAUUUGUUCUCACAGUACAAAAAUGUUACAGACCAAAUCCCUAUCACAAUUAUAUACAUGCAUUUGGAGUGGCCCAUACAAUGGCGAACAUGAUAAGUCGUUAUCACAAAAUCUUUAAUGGAAUUGAACAAAAAGGCCUGAUGGUGGCCGCACUAUGUCACGAUUUAGACCAUAGAGGUUACACAAACAACUUUGUCCAGGUGACCAAACAUCAUUUAGCAAAACUUUAUGAGUCUUCACCACUAGAAAACCAUCACUUUGUUGUCACCAAGAUGAUAAUUGAACAAUGUGGAAUGUUUCAGUACAUAAAACCGGAUAUCUAUGAUGAACUUCUCUUGGAAAUUUAUGAGUGCAUAAUAGCCACAGAUUUGUCACUUUACUUUCAGUGCAGGAUGGAACUCAUGAGAGUGGCUGAUGAGAGAGUAUUCACAUUUAAAAAUGCCAGUCAUCGAAGACUGGUGAAAAGUUUAAUGAUGACAGCCUGUGAUCUUUCGGGGCAGACAAAGUCUUUUUCAGUGUGUAAAAAAAUCACUGAAGGCGUCUAUGAGGAGUUCUACCAGCAGGGGGAUGUUGAAAAGAAAAUGGGUUUCAUCCCCUUACCAACUAUGGAUCGAGAUAAGCAAGACAGUUUUCUGGAGAAUCAAGUCCAGUUCAUGAAUGUUGUUGUUCUGCCUUGUGUAGAAACUGUGACACGAAUAUUCGGUACGCUGAAACCGAUGUUGUGGGACACUAGAACACUCUUUAAACAAUGGAAACAUUUACUUGAAACAAAAUAUGACAUUGAAAAUAAUGUGACGUGAAUUAAGUUGAAGUCUUUUUCAAUGUUAUGAUAUUGAAGAAAUAUACUAAAAAGUCGUAUAUGCAGAUACAUGGACUACACAGACUUGUUCUGCUGUUGGUACAUGGAAAUUCAAAGUGAUAAUAUUUUACAAUUAUUAGGAUUACAAUAGGGAAAGCUCUUGCUAUAUUGUAACUUAAAGGAAAUUUCUACAGUUCAAGUACAAUAAAAAUAAUUCAAAAUCUA